AUGCUGGAGCCAUGGAGUUGUCUCGCUCUGUUCACCGGCCGCAUUAUAUCUGUCAUAAAUGCCACGGGACGCUUGAUGACAGGAGUGUCCCUUUAUAAAUUCUCGCCUGUGAACAUAACCCCGCCGACAACCGCUUUGUCGCUCUUCGAGACGCCUUCGCAUCUUGUCAGGCACAAGCCGCAAUUCCACGGCACGGGCUAUCUCAGUCUGCGGCCAAACGUGAUUAGAACGGUGCUCCUCUGCCAUCACAAGGGCAUGUUGGCCCGAGGCGGAAACGAUGCCCAGAGUACGAACCAGUUCGCCGCCACUUCAGGCGUCCCCGGUCACGCUCACCCUGCUCCCGUCGCUCCACAGAGAAUAAACCCUUCGCAGCAGAUGUCGAGUGUACAUUGGGGUCCAAUUGGCUCUGCUCGCGGCAUGAGUAUGAUUAGUGUAGCCUCUGAUGAGAGCGAACAAGUCAGGCUCAAUACGCGAGGCAUGGGCAAGAGAAACCCCUCUCCCACCAACGGCCGACGAAAAGCGGAUGAGCCCACGGUCAAGGCUCCCACUAAUAAGAAAUCCAAGACCAAUGCCGCUGCUACCAACAGUGAUAUGGAUUUCUCGGAUGAAGGGUCCACAAUGGGACUGGAGGAGAGCGUGUCCAUAUCAAAGAUGACAAACGAAGAGAAGCGAAAGAACUUUCUCGAACGCAAUCGCGUCGCUGCCCAUAAGUGUCGUCUCAGGAGGAAGCAAUGGCUUACCCAGCUGCAGACUAAGGUUGAGUUGUUCACUACGGAGAACGAUACCUUGAUGGCGCAAAUCGCCCAUCUCAGAGAAGAGACAGUCAACCUGAAGACACUCCUUUUUGCCCACAAGGACUGUCCAGUUGCUUAUCAGCAGGAACUAUAUAGUGCUUCUAUGUCGCAGCUAGUUAGGAUUGUAGCGGUAUUUCUUAUAGUGUAA